AUGCACUUCCCCCAGAUCCUUCUCGGCCUCGUCGCCAGCGUCUCCGCCAUUGACAUCUACCUCCACGUCGGCGGCGGCUGCGGCGGCAACGCCGUCCUGUGCACCAACGUCAACCCCAACACCUGCUGCAGCGGCUCCGGCGUCGACAUCUUCCCCACCGUCGGCUUCCGCGGCAUCCCGACCAACUGGAACCUCGAGUGCAGGGGCCACUCCGGCGGCAACUGCAACAAUCUGAGGGAGGUCCAGCCCGCCCGCAACACCAAUUUCAUCUGCCUCUACUCCGGCGGCUUCUCCGGCGGCGGCUAUGGCUUCGCUGCCCGCAAGCGUGCCGAGGAUGACUCCUGCUCCACCAGCGGCUGCGCCAACCAGGUGAAGCCGGACACCUUGCUCCUGGAGGACGGUGGCAAGUAUGAUAUUGCUGCCUUGGAGGGCGCUCCUCUCACUGAACUGUAA